AUGGCGACGGUCGCAAUCCCUCCUGCAGGGAUGACUGCUCUGUCUUCGGGCUGCAGUCUAUGGGCUGGGCUGCCGUAUACCCUUGAUCUGGCAUGUCCGCCGCGUCUCAGCUCGAAGAGCGGGCCAGAGUCGACAUGGCCCUUCCCUAUCCCAUCACAAGCAAGUCAAAAAAAUGUGACUGAGGCGUUCAAAAGACGAUACAUUGAGACCCUAUACCUUCCGGAGCUCAUCUCCCCCUUGGAGCACUGGGCGACAGAUGUGAAAGGCAUGAUGGAGGUGAAGGAGAAUACAGACAGUGUGCGAUUGGCGAUCUUGUCAUCCACGGUGUCUCUUGCUCUUCUUGAGACUCGGCAUCGGAAGACUCUGCUGAACCAUAUUUCUCGCUGGAUGUCCAUGAAGAAGGAGGGGGAAACUGAAUCGGGUGCCAGCGAGUCCAGUCCGUCGUCGGUGUCAGUGGACGAGCUGGAGGCUCUUCAAGCAGCAGUAGAGCUCCGUAUGGACAGUCGAUCAGCGGCGGAAGGCAAAUUGCCGUCGGCGAAGAGCGUCUCGACCGAGUUUGAGCGAAGAGAAGCUUUGAUGCAGGUCAUCUUGCUCUUAAUGCUCAUGCAACUUGAAGUACCGGCAGGUUCAUCUGUGGCGGAGACAAAGAGGAAGCGGAAGCGCUCUCGAAGCGAAACGGCCGCCUCAGAUGAUCCGUCUACUGCACUCGAAUUACUCAUGGACAGAAUUGGUGUUUGGAAUGCUGUUGCCGAACUUGGGAUCGGUUUGGAGGACGUUGCCGACCCAAAGGGCUCGGAGUCAUCGCUACAGAUGGUGCUCGAGAGCUUUUGGCGGGCCAUUCUCGUUCCACAAUAUCUCAAAGCACAGCCCGAGGCUUGUUCCUCCUUCCACCUCAAGGUUUUUGGGCGACCUAUGCCCUCGGAUCUCAUGGCUGCUCCUUCCACAAUUAAGAAACCCCGAAAACCAAAAAUUACACGGUCGCGUCCGCCUGCCGAUGGUCUGGUCACCUCGCGUGCCAAGAUCUCGGCUUCUUCAUCUCGACCAAGCGAUACAGUCGUACCUGUGGUGCGACGCAAUUCGUCCUCCCACUCGCAGCAUGCUCGAGCUGCCUCUCGUGGUCCUUCCGAAGCUGGAUCGAGGACAUCCGACAAUGAUUCCCGGACUAUGCGUCGCAGCCUAUCCAACCUAUCUGAAUCAAUGCCAGAUCUUCAUCGAGCCCGGAGUCGAUCCAUCGAUCCUCCGACUCAGUCUUACGCCCAAGGAGCCUCUUUUGCAGAUACUAUCAAACAGCCAAAAAAAUUCGGCCGUGCUCCGAGCGGAGCUGACUUGUUUAAAGGGAGGCAAGUGGGGCUACUUCGACGCACGGCCUCAUUGGCUGGCAAGAAGGACAAGGAGACCAUGCCACCAACCUCAUCAGAGUCUCAAAAUCGUGGUGGUCUUCUCGGCCGAAAGAUCUCAGAUAGUAUAAAGGAUCGAGAAGCUUCCCGACCGCACGAGUCUCAGCAGAAAGAAGGAACUCUGAUCUUUGCUACUCCAUCGAAGCCCCGACUCGCCGAGACAAUCUUCGGCCCUCGAGUAGCUCAAUUUCAAGCGCCGACGCCGAUUCAAGAGGAACCCUCCAGUGGGGAGAAGAGUGCAUCGCGGUCAUUCGUGGUGGAGACACCAGUACACGGCGCCAUCUUCAAUGCGGGCCGGAUGGCCUUCACGUCGUCGUCCACUCACUCUGCCAUUGUUCUCGAUACGCCUGAAGUAACUCAUACUCGAGUCGCAGAGACUUCCAUGUCGAUGCGAUUCGCCGGCAUGCCCAUCUCCCAGAUGACCAAUUCGGUGGAUGAUGAGGAUCAAUCUGACGCGACGUAUGGUGAGGAUGCUCAGAGUGAGGGGAGCGAUGAUCCCCUUGCUGACUUGAUGGUCAUGACGGAUGAGGAGUACGAAGAGGAGGAUGGGCGAGAUGUUGUGCACGAUUCUCCCGGAUAG